CACAAUGUGACAUUGCCAGCGUACAGGCUACUAUAGUAUAGAUCAGUUCUUUAAGACCCUCAUUACAGCUGUAUACUAACUAAUAACCAAGCAAAGCUACCGUUGUGUUGAAAUAAAGGCAUUCUGGGCAUCAAAUAAAAAAGCCUUAAGCACUUUCAGCAAGCUUUGUGAUGCCAAAAUCCAGCAUUUAUGACUUCUAUUGGUCUUGUUUUCAGUUCAAAAUGGAUCUAUUCUAACUUGGUGCUUUUUGAAGAUUUAUCAUUUGUGUUGCAUUUAUCCUUUUUAAGCCACAGGGGUAGAAGGCACUAUGAGAUAUUGAUACAGAGCGUCAGAAUGAAGUUAUCUUCUGUCACAUGUUAGCUGGAGGCUAAAAGAUGCUCUGAUGUGAUGCAGUCUGAUGUCUCGGUACUGCACAGUGCACAGCAUCAUGUCUAGCAGCUACUGUUCACAACUACUGAAAGCAAUGUAAUGCUAUUUGCUCAACCAGUUCAUCUUUUUAACAGAAAGGCAUUUAAUACCAAGUCCCACGCAAAUACAUUUGCCGUGGCAAGUACUGCUAUCCAUACUUCCUCUUACAUCACUGAUUAGCUCAAAUAUUGUCUUGUAUUAAAGGAAGGGAGUUAAAGUUAAAUUAACAUUUAAUUUGAUUAAAUUCUAGCAAAUCUUGGGUUAACUGUUACUGGUUAAUUAUUUCAUAUGUACAGUUGUGCUGUAAUUUUUUUAAACGGUUUUACUGAGUACCACUUAAUGUAGCUGUGUACCACCUUUGGUAAUCGUGCCACACUGAGAAUCACUGCUGCAGUGCUGAGAAGGAACUCAUUUGAUCAUUGGCUUUCUCUGAAGUUGAGAUUUUGAGCCACCGAAGUAUAUAUAAAUGAAGUUAUCAAUGGAUUAUAGUACAUGUUAAUUAAUUGUGACAAUAAUACUGAUCCAAUCACAAAAUGGGAUGUUUGGAUGAGUUUGGUGUGGGAGAAGCCCAUCAACUACCUUAAAAACCCUUAUGUUCCAAUACUUUAGUCAAUAUAGUGCAUUAAAAGUUCAAAACUGUAACUGAUUUGUUUUUAGUUCCAGGGCUUCAUCUACAGUGCAAAACCUAAAGCACUGAAGCUCAUGCUAACAACAUGAGGUGGCCAUCACCAAGGGUAAGAGAUGCAAGGUCGCCAUGGUGACACCAGGAAAGCUGUUAUCAGUCAACACACAUACUGUAUGUUAUUAUUUUGUUAGUGUGCACUGUUUUGUGAUCCCGCCCCCUCCCUCCCUUUGAGUGACUUGUGCAGGGGCAGUAGGAGCGCCGUCUGGUGUCAGGCGGGUGCAUGAGUGGAUUUAUGGGCCGCAGCUGUUGAGCGGCUGUCAGACGUGUGCAAGCCAGGAUCUCCUCCGCUGCUUCUGCUGCUGCUGCUUUUGGUCCACACACUGUCGUGUAGAAAGGAGGGCGACUGAGCAAAGUCGCAGAUGGCGGGUGAGCAGUACAUCAGAACCACCACAGAGGGCAGCAGCGUGCUAAGGCCUGUGCCUGAGCACGUCUACAAGAUCGGCAUCUAUGGCUGGAGGAAGCGCUGCCUUUACCUCUUUGUGCUGCUGCUGCUCAUCAUCCUGGUCAUUAACCUGGCUCUCACCAUCUGGAUCUUCAGGGUCAUGUGGUUCAAUUCGGAAGGGAUGGGCCUCCUGCAGGUCCACUCUGACGGCGUCAAGCUGGAGGACGGCGAAUCAGAGUUCCUGCUGCCACUCUACGCUCAGGAGAUCCACUCAAGAGAAGAAUUACCACUUCUUGUACACUCGGAAACGGAAAAUGUUUUCCUCAACGCCCGAGACGAAAACGGCAACGUGACAGGGAGGAUGUCUGUUGGUCCAAGACAGGCUGAGGGACACACUACCAACGUGGUCCUCAGCGCCCACAAUGACAACAUGCUGUUCAGUGCAGACGGCAAACAGACUGUGAUUGGACCUGACAAACUGCGCAUCACAGGUCCUGAAGGAGCUUUGUUCCAACAUUCAGUGGAAGUUCCUCUUCUCAAGUCUGAGUUAUUGAAAGACCUGAGGUUGGAGUCUCCCACUCGCACGCUCAGUAUGGACGCUCCAAAGGGAGUUCAUCUGAAAGCCUUGGCGGGAAACAUCGAAGCUGCGUCCAACAUGGACGUUGUCCUGCAGUCCAGUGUCGGACUGUUGGUGUUGGACGCGGAGACGGUGCGCAUGCCCAGCCUGCCCCAAAGCCAAGGAGGCGUUUCAGGCAACGCUCAGGGUCUUUAUGAAGUUUGCGUCUGUCCCAGCGGAAAACUCUUCCUGUCCAAGGCGGGCGUCACGUCCACUUGCAGCGACAACCAGGAUUGCUAAGAUUUGUUCGGUGGUCUUUUGUUUUGUUUUUGAACUUCGUAUGCGUGAUUGGACCUCCCACCAGCAGGGGGAGUGCUUGCUGGAGGACCUCCUUCCACACUGGUGAUGUCAUGGCUGGGCAAUGAGGAGCUGCUUUAACAGCUUACAUCCUAUGCAAUAUAGUCUUGUGGUGCAAUACAUGAAUAUAUACUGUAAGUAGUCGUGAUUUAUCAUGUGUAGCAUGUUUCACUUGGAAAUGAGAAUAAUUGUUUAUAUAAAUUGUGUAAAAGCUCACGAGGCACACCUGCAACAUACAAUUAGAUCAAAAAGCACUAAUAAAUUGACCCAAGUAUGUGAUGACCCUUCUUUUUUAGACUUUUUCUUCAGGGAAAUAACUUGCAUAUUCGUGUCAAUACAGUAAUAAGUAUUAAACAUUAUUCUUUUUUCAACAAGGCACAUUUUUACCAUGUAAUGGAUCAGUUAUGGUGCAGGUGUACCUCAUGUUGUGGCCAGUGGGAAGCACACUUGAAAUUAUUGGGCUCUCACUUUGUUGUUACGGUAUUUUAUUGAUCUACUUUUAGGCUGUUGUGCAUCAUACUGUAAUUAUUGAUUAUUUGCUGGUUCAAUAAAGUAUGUGCUAUUCUUCUA